GACCUACCGAUUUGGGGAUUCAUGUGGCUUCCAGCGUUCUCAGCCCCGUGAGUCAACAGCCUGUGGACCGACCGGCUAUUUAUGGAUUCCUCAGUCCCUGCAAGCACAGGAGUCAGGAGAAGCCCCCAGCUCACCACGGAUUCGGAACUUGGCAGCCUUCAACCACAGCGAUCGCUAACGGCCAGGAGAAACACAGUGGAAAAUGCAAAACAACGAAAUCAUAAAACCUGCCAAAUACUUCUCAGAAUUGGAGAAGAGCAUCCUGCUUGCGCUCGUGGAGAAGUACAAAUAUGUGCUUGAAUGUAAGAAGAGUGAUGCGCGAACUAUUGCCCUCAAGCAGCGCACCUGGCAAGCCCUGGCCCACGAGUACAACUCUCAGCCCAGCGUCUCGCUGCGGGAUUUCAAGCAGCUGAAGAAGUGCUGGGAGAACAUCAAGGCGCGGACCAAAAAAAUAAUGGCCCAUGAACGGCGGGAGAAGGUGAAGCGGAGCGUCAGCCCCCUGCUGAGCACCCACGUCCUGGGCAAGGAGAAGAUCGCCAGCAUGCUGCCCGAGCAGCUCUACUUCCUGCAGAGCGCCCCGGAGGAGGAGCCCGAGUACCAGCCCGAGCCCGCCGCCCAAGAGUCAUUUGCUGUUUCAAAUAGAGAACUGUGCGAGGAUGACAAAGAGUUCAUACACUUCCCAGCCUGUGAGGGGACCGCCCCACCCGAACCCUCGUGCUCAGCUGUCCGAAUAACAGCCAAUAAAAACUACCGGAGCAAAGCCUCUCAGGAAGGUGCUUUAAAAAAGAUGCACGAGGAAGAGCACCAUCAACAAAUGUCCAUCUUACAGCUGCAGCUGAUCCAAAUGAACGAGGUGCACGUGGCCAAAAUCCAGCAGAUCGAGCGCGAGUGCGAGAUGGCCGAGGAGGAGCACAGGAUAAAGAUGGAGGUGCUCAAUAAGAAGAAGAUGUACUGGGAGCGGAAGCUGCAGACUUUCACCAAGGAGUGGCCCGUGUCCUCGUUUAACCGGCCCUUUCCCAACUCACCCUGAGGCUGCGGGUGAACCCGUUGCAGUGACACGCUAGUAAUUCACGUGUGUUGGCACAGAAAGGCUGGGACACACACGUGGUCAGUUACCUGUCAGAACACAGCUACGACUAGGAAACUUCGCGCGGUUAGUAGUCACAUAUUUAAAAAGACAUUCAGGUAACCAGCUGCGCCCUGUCUGCCCCUUUCAGCGGCAGAGAAGCUGUUCUAGUCUUCUACAGUUUUCACUCUGAGUGCUUUCAUUCUAAAUGUAAUGUCUCCUGCAUUAGAAGUCCGACGAGAACUACGUCUGAGUGGUGUAUGAUGAUGGUUAUUUUUUAAAUCGAAUGGAAGUGUGACUCUGAAGAAGUGUGGCUGAUUUUCUUUCUUUUUUUUUAAACAACCAAACGUUUCUAUCUAAAUGAGUUCCAGCCCACUGGACACUGGACGUGGCAGCCCCAGGAGGCCACCCCACCCUCCAGUGGCCAUGCUGUGGCACCCAACUCUCUCUUCUUUAGAGAGAGCCUCCGCGCAAACGGUGGUCCUGUUCGUUCUGUUUCCUCUCUGUCCGUUGUUCUCGUUCCCGGUAUAUUUUAUGCCUGCCCAAGAUUUGGGAGUGUAUUUCCCAGUGGGGCCUAUCAACUGCCUGGAUUAAAGGCCUUUCUUUCCCCCAAAGAGGAGUUCCACCUCACGUGGCCAGCAACCGUGGCCUUGUUGGAACUAACAGUGUUACCGAUUU